AUGUUACGAAAUCGACCAUCACAAAAUCUCAUGGUUCCGGUAAAAUAUCCAUCAAAGGAUGACCUUGACGGAUACGCCGAAAUAUGUAGUGAUACCGAUAAUCUUGUCAUAUCGGGAGCAUUACUAAUCCUAUUUCCUCCAUCCCCACCAUCUGGAUGGCUUUGCCCUACUGCCGACGAUGUAAAAUUCCGCCCUACCAAGCUUAUCGAACUAGGGUUUAAGCUCGACGAUAAAUCCAUAGUAGACGCCUUACAGAUUUUCGAAAAUAAGUUGGAUAUUUACGGCGAUAUCUUUUGGAAUAAUCUCAGAGUACUUUCUCAACUGGAUAGGAACAAGUUUAACAUAACCAUUAAAUUAGAAGUUUGUAGUGAUGCUGAAAAAUCACGUUUUAUUACACAGGUUAUCGCAGAUGAAGGAGUUGAUUUCUUGGGCAGUUUCGCGGAGGCUAUGAUAUGUGUUGAAUUUAUCAUUGCAUUUAUGUUGGUUGUUUAG